AGCAAGGGGGCGCGACACUUGCCCUUUACUCUCCUUAUAUUACACGUUUUCGUACGCACUUUCCGUACCGUUAACUCCUCUCGGAGUUGUCGCGCCGUUGUUCGCGCCUCCCGCGGCUAUGAGACACAGGAUGGCAUGCUUGCAAUUGCUUCUUCCGGCGACUGCACUGCAGCUGGCAGCGGCGAUCCAGUUGACAGGCUUGGCCGACAGCGGCAACAAGUCCAGCAAACAGGAAACCAUGCUUAGUGAUCCAGACUUGUUGCGCGUCAACGGCCCGGAUGUGCUGGACAACGCCGAGGACUGCCACACGUCCGUCGAGGGCGACGAGUGCUUCGAGAAAGUGAAGUGGGCGAUGCAGACGGGCAUCUUGCAGAAUCCGAGUUGGUACCCUACAUUGACCAGUAGCUCCAGCUUCGAGGAUUUCCAGCGGCAUCUGCAUGGCACGGAACGGCUUUCUGGCGUCUGCCCCGAGCCUUGCAAGGAGCGGGCCUUCGACAAGGGCAUCGCAACCAGCCGGAUGGACUCCGAGUCCGACGUUGGGGUCUUCCACGCGUGUGGCCAGACGUGGAGCUACGGGGACGUCGUUUAUUGGUCCAGGAUACCAGACAUGGACUCGCACGUCGCGUGCGCCUCGGCCUCGGACGACGACACCAUCGGCAUCUGCAGAGGUGACGGCAAAGGGCACCAGCACUUCUCCUACUGCAAGGAGCCGCCAGCAAACCAAUGUGCUGGCAUGAACGGCAAGUUGUGGUUUGUGUUCUGUGACGACUUGGCGAGGUUGACGGAGGCGCCGACGUCUUCUCCGACAGAGCCUCCCACGGAAGCGCCGGCGGGUCCCGUAUUUGAUGCGCCCGUUGCCACGCCAGCGCCCGUCGCGUCCGCCGCGCAGGCGCCUGCGCAGAUGGCGCCCGCCGCGCAGGCGCCUGGCUCGAUUGGCCCAGCGCCAAUCCACGACUUCGGCUCAUCAGCUCCAGCGUCCGACUCCGCCAGCGUGCACGACGACCCUCACGUGAGCAACCUCAGGAACGAACGGUUCGACAUCCGGAGGCCCUCCGAAUACCAGCUGCUACGCGUGCCGCUCGACGAACGGCUCCCCGCGGCCAUGGAGCUCACUGCCGGCAUGGACGCCGACGGCAGCAGCACAAAGUGCGGCGUGUACGCCCGGAGCUCGGGCUCCUGA